AUGACCGAGGUCCUGGGAAUAAUCGGGGUCGCGCCUCUGGCUGUUCAGCUCAUCGAAAAGGUGGACAAGCUCUCGUCAUUUCUUAAGUCCGUCAAAGGUGCGCCGAAAGAGUUCGAAACAUUGUUGACUGAGGCUACAUUCUUGUCGGAGACAUUACAGGAGUUUGAGAAGCUACAGAAUUGUCAAGGUGAACAGUCAUUGUCGAAUGGGCUGGCCUCAAGAGCUUUGAAGAUGUGCCAAGAUGUUUGCAAUACAUUGCAGAGUAUUCUUGACGAAGCAACGGAUGGGGGUGAUUACCAAAGGGCAUUAUGCUCCAGGCGCACUUUGAAUAUGGCGUCAUUCAAGUUGGCUAGAAAAAGGGAUCGCAUCAGCCAUCUCAUGCCUCAAAUACAGCGUACGCUUAUGUCAUUGCUUGUUGUCAACCAGCUUAUGCUCCAGUCGAAGCUUGACUUGAUGAUCAGACGAACCCGCACUCCUGAUGCAAAUGCUCCGACAUGUGACAAAGCUAAUUUCGACAAGGCAAUCGCACCUACUGGAAACCUCGCCUUAUCUCCAGAUCAACAUCUUGCGCCGCCAAGUAGGUGGACACAGUUGAGAUCAUUUUGGCUUUUCCUUGGGACCAUCCACUACCAGAGUACCACUGAUUCUACAAAUCGUACUCUUUCCAGGGGCGACAGUGAUCAGCCUAAUCAAGAGACAGCGUGGAGACUUCGCUUGCAUCUUGCUCACUGGCUGGGAGGCCGUGGAGUCUCUUUUCACCCAGACACGAACUCCAGUAACUGGCAAUACGUUCUCAAGCCUUGUAACAUGACGAAACCUGAUUCCCCUAUCUUCGAGGCUUGCCGAAAGGGAGACAUCUUGCAUAUUGCUGCGCACCUGGCCUGCCCAGACAUCUGUCAGUUACUGAUUGAGAGGGGAUCCGAUGCGAAUGAGAUAUACUCUCGGGAUAUAGGGACUCCCUUGAUGGCUCUGGCAGAAAGUGCACCUUUGAUGAAGUUCAAAAAACAUCCAAGCAUCCAGGACACUGUCAGAGUUCUCGUAGAACAAGGUAGGUGCGAUCCACUGCUCGGAUCAUCGCGGGACUCGAAUGUUUUUUCCGCCUGGCAAGGUGAUGUUGAAUCAUUCAGGUAUUUGAGAUCUCAUGAGAAUUUCAAUUACGACAAAUCUGGAUGGCUUGGACUUGACCCUGGGACAUCAAUCUACCAUCGCCACCUGAUGCAUAUAAUAUUCUAUUUGAAAUCUCUAUCUAUCCAUUACGACAGGAAAGAAUGGCUCAAGACUCUAUGGUCAAAAGAAGACGGCCCUCUUUUCACCACGGUGAAAGACAAAUAUGACAGAAACGUUCUUCACUGCUGUCCUGGAAGGAUAGCGUAUUAUGGUGUAUGGAAAUUAGUAGAUUCCAUCUACUUAGACCCAUUACUUCAGAUUGGACAGAUAGCUUCCAGAUUAAUAGAGUGUCACAUCGAUCUUCAUGCUCGAGACAAGAAUGGGCAAAGCCCUAUGUGGUAUAUGUUGCGCUUGGCACAUCGUCAGCCAAGGGGGUGGAGCUCAAUACGCAGAACACGUUUCUCUCAGGAACCAACCGCCACUCAAGUCACCCGUAGGAAAACAGAUAUAAUCCGCUGGUGGUUAAACACGAUCGCAAACUCUGGGAAAGACCUGACAAAGUACAUCAGAACCGAGCUUGCACUGCAACCUGAGGGCAUAACCUUCAAAACUAAUGGUGGCAAGCUCUCAAUAAACCUCAAAUUUGAAGACGGAUUCAAUGCAGACAGCGUGAGGAUUGAAGAAAGUUUUGUUGCAAAGGAGCCUCGUCGGCCAAAAAUGCCAGGAAGCUGGCAAUAG